AUGGCUGUUAAAGCAAUCACCGAUGAAGCCCACUUCCAAACCGAACUAGCCGCAGCAGGAGGAAAAUUGGUCGUUGUGGAUUUUACCGCAGCUUGGUGUGGACAGUGCCGAAACAUAUCGCCGUCCCAGGGCAUGUCGAUCAUGCCAAUGUUUAUUUUCUACCGAGCCAGAACAAAGAUUGACAGGAUGCAGGGUGCAGACAUUAAUGGACUUGAAGCCAAAAUACAGAAACAUUACGUCACCAGCUUGUAUGAAUCUGGAGAAGAUUACGGUCAUGGAAUGUUGGACUUGAACACCUUCAUCCAGAAGAACCGGUGCGAAUGUUUGAACGAAUCGAACGACCACCCGAUGGUGAAUGCGCUCAGUUCCAGCGGUGGUCAUCUGGUGUCCGAUUGUGACGAACAGUUGAUCAUUUCGAUUACCUUCAAUCAGCUGGUCAAAAUCAGUGCCAUCAAGCUCAAAGCACCGCCCUCUCACGGACCGAAAAAAGUUUCGGAGCAGGAUCUGGUACUGGGGCAGAAGGAUCUUGUAUCGGGAUCGCCGAUUCCGUUGCACUUCGUUAAAUUUCAGAACGUGCAGAAUAUGCAGCUGUUCGUGAAGGAUAACCAUUCUGGUGACGAGACGACCAUUAUCGAUCAUUUGGCCUUCAUCGGGUCACCGAUUCCAACGACUAAGAUGGAUGACUUCCAGCGGGUGGCUGGGAAGAAGGGUGAAAGCCACUAG